AAGCGAAAGGAGGUUGAGAAAAAACUCCAUUUCUCUCUUCCUCUCUCUAGACCUUCCACUAGAGAGAGAAUUCUUAUACAUAUAAUCCAAUAACAUAUAUCAGCGAGAGAGGAUAUAGGAGGAAUUUUUUUUCAUUACUUCUGAAAAAACAUCAAUUCAGUAAUUAAUUAACAAUGGAAGGAAAAAGAUUUGCAGUUUUAUUAUGUGCAGAGGAUUCAGAAUACGUGAAAAAGAAAUACGGAGGUUAUUUUGGGGUUUUCGUGAGAAUGCUGGGGGAGGAAGGUGAAACGUGGGAUGUUUUCCACGUGGCACGCGGCGAGUUUCCGACAGAUGAUGAGAUCGGAGAAUUUGAUGGAUUUGUGAUCACCGGUAGUUGUAAUGACGCUCAUGGUAAUGAUUUGUGGAUCUGCAAGUUACUGAAUUUGCUCAAAAAACUUGAUUCUAUGAAGAAGAAAGUUUUGGGUAUUUGCUUUGGACACCAGAUAUUAGGACGAUCAUUGGGCGGAAUUAUAGAGAGAGCCACUACUGGAUGGGACAUUGGCAUCACCACAGUUAAUUUAUCAACGUCAAAAGAAUUCAACGCUCUCACCUUACCUGCAUUUUUGCAAGUUAUUGAGUGUCACCGUGAUGAGAUCCGUGAGCUUCCACCCAAGGCAGAGGUGAUGGCAUGGUCCAACAAGACUGGAAUUGAGAUGUUUAGGUGUGGUGAUCACAUCAUGGGCAUACAAGGUCACCCCGAGUACACCAAGGACAUUCUUCUCCAUCUCAUUGAUCGUCUUCUUCAACGCAACCUUAUUGAGGAGAGCAUUGCUGAUGUGGCCAAGGCGAAGGUUGAAGGGCGUGAGCCGGACAGGGAGAUAUGGAAGAAAUUAUGCGUCAACUUUCUUAAGGGUAGAUUGUGAUUUGAAUAUUUCUCAAUUUAUUAGAGGCUAUUGGAAUUGGUCACAACUGUAAAUAGGAGAUGCUGUUAGAAGAAAUUUUGGGGGCCCUGGCCUGUUUUGGAGUAUGGACUUUAGGCAUCGUUUAGAUGUCAUCAAGAAAUUUAAGAUUAUUUUUAACUAUUGGAAUUGACAAUGUCAUUGGCAAUUGUAUUAUCUAGAUUUUCAUUAA